CUUACUUUGGCGAAGUUUUCUUUUUGUGUUAAGUUUUUUAGGAUUGUGCCUGGCCAUUUAGCUCCCGUAACGAAAACAAAACAAAACAAAAAAAAACAAACAAACAAACAUUUAUUUGCCAACUAUGAGUCAUAAAUACAAUACAGGUGUUAUGUACAAUUUUUGUUCUUAUCAUAGCCACUCAGCGAGUAUUGCAAUUUUUAUUAACAUUAUACUAUAUAUAAAAGUUGAUACAAUUUACAUACAUGGAAUUUUAUAUAAAACAAUUUCUAUUUAAUUUAUUAAUAUUAUUAUCAUUAUAUAUUAAACAAUUUCAAUUAUUUUAUAGAUAUUUUCAAUUUAAUUACAUGUCAUUAAGGUCAUGGUUACAUGUCUUUACAGAAUAAUAAUUUUUAAGAGUAUAGGAAAGAUCUUAAGGCAUUUGAGAUCUUCUUAGUAAAUAUCUUUCGUAAUUAGGGACUAGAGAAUAAAGACACAACAAAAUACUUAUAAUUACAAUGCGGUCACUUAAUCUAAGGCCGAUGCAGCCGUAGCUACUGCCAAAAGCCUCAAACGGUAUAAAAUAUGCCAAAAUUUAUAUAUGUUUGCGGGGUUGAGAGAUUGGGAGUGUGGGGGCCUUCUGGGCACGCUACCUCAAGGCAACGAACUACAGGGACUGGCAUUUUUGUAAAUAUACGUGAGUAUAUAUUUUUUACCCUUUCAAGUUAUAUAAUUAACAAAAAAGCUGAUUGUACUACCAUUUUACAUAUAUCUCCUCAUCCCCACUUACCAUGGGAGAUAUGCGUGGUAUUUUUUUCAUUUAUGUCAAUAAAAUUAUUCAAAACAUUAUGCGUGUAGUAUUGUUUCGAUUAAAUUUGUUAUUAAUUUUCUGAAUACCUUGAAUAUAGUUUAAAAUAACUAUGUAUAUAUGGAUACCAAGUAAAAGGAAAGUUUCGGGCAAGGCCACGAGUAUUGAACUAGUUUAAUAAAACGCUCAGUUUUCAAGAAUAAAUCUAAUUAGAGAGCAAUAAACUAAGCGACGACACAAGGGCGCGGCGCUACUAUUAGACUGAGUGCAGAGCAGCCGUCGUGGAGGUUACGAGCUCUUCGAUCAGCUAAUUGGAUGGAAAUAGUUUUAAUUGUAUUUAAUGUGCUGGAUACUUGAUGAAGUAAAACCGUUUGUUUAAACGCCUGUCUAAAGAUAUAGAAGUUUUAUUUAUAUUCUUGUAAGUAAUUACCUCCUUCAAAAACUAGAAUAAGUACUAGUUGAAAUUAUUUAUUAUAGUACAAGUUACCAGUAGUAUUAAAUUUCUUCCAAUAAAUUACUGAAUUCCGACUUUCAAUGUUAAAGAAAUCAAACUUACCUUAAUUACUUAAUAUGUUUUCAGCCCUUAUUUCACGUCACACACAAUGUAUCGAAUAAAUCGUGGAACUCAUGCAUAAAAUCUCAGGGAGAAUUGUUUCUAAAAAUUAGCGUUAUUCGUUGUUUCUAAUUUUGUAACUAUACGUAUACUAUUUCUAGUCGGGGUACCCUCCGAGAUCGUACGCCCAUUCUAACUCCCUCCCUUCCUUACGGGUUAGGCAGAUUUACGAGUAAAAAAAAAAAAAAAUAUUAGAACAGGCAAUAUAGGGGGCCGUUUCGCUUCUAAGCCUGUGACAAUUUCUGUGUUAUCUUUCGUAAAAUCUUUUAUUUGUCGCUCAUAAAAAUAGCUAAGCAAGUGGCUGUAUGCCAAUUCAAUUACACGACACGUACAAAACAAAGUGUCUUACAAACAUUACUUCCAAACUAGAGUUUAUUGAUAUCGCAAUGUUUGUGUAUAUUAGAAAUGCUAAGCAAGUAAUUAACAACUUUUACUAUGGGAUAUUCGUUAAAGUAAUUAUUAAUUUUAUUUUGGUUUGGUUUGGUUAUUAUUUAUGUCGUCACAAAGUAAACACAAAUGUUGCUCUGUUGCUUAGUAAUUGGAAACCACAUCCCGAACCGAAAUUUAUCUAAGCCAAAAAUUCAAAUUAAAUCCAUUUCUGAAACCGGUACUUAUAUAAUUUAAUUUCUUAAAUCGUACCAUAUCCAGAUACGAAUUUCAUAUCCAUAACAUCCCUACUCCAUUCAUACAUAUUCGUGUAAUAAAGACUGCCCUUGGCUCUGUCGCUUCAUUACUCUGUCGCGCCGCACCCAACGGUUGGCCACGAAAACUAUCCGAGCGGUUACCGUUACUGUUUUCCUUCUAUCUCUUUCUAUCUUUUGAUGAAAAUCGCGCAGCCUGUACAACCUUGGCCACCAUUGGCGAUGUACAUUGCUCAGUUUUAAUCUAAGCUAUGUUUGACAUUAUUCAAAUACACGCAAUGUACGUCAAUUGUCGUGAUGUUGCUCCAAAUGUGGUUUUUCGUGGCCAAAACGGUAAUCCGAAGCGACAGACAGUGUUUAGUGGCUGGCGAGUCAACAGGCUGCUUUAUACCGAUUUUUCCUGUGUUCCUUCCGUUCAGUUUCCUUCAGGGAUGGGGAAUAAAGUUGUGACAUUCACGGAACAGCAACUGGAAGAUUAUCAGGACUGUACAUUUUUCACGAGGAAGGAAAUACUAAGAGUAUUCAAGCGCUUCAGAGAAGUGAAUCCUGAACUGAUUCCGAAGCGAAUGACCGGGGACCAAGCCCACACCAUAGCCGUGCCUGUAGACCAGAUAGAACAGCUACCUGAACUGAAGGAAAACCCGUUCAAACGUCGUAUCUGCCAAGUUUUCUCCCACGACGGUCAGGGCAAUCUUACAUUCGAGGACUUUCUGGACAUGAUGUCAGUCUUCAGCGAGGCGGCACCCAGGGACAUCAAAGCUUGGUACGCCUUUCGCAUCUACGACCUCGACAAUGACAUGUAUAUAGGAAGAGAGGAUCUACUAGAAGCAACACGACUGCUCACAAAAGAUGAGCUACACCCUCAAGAGCGAGAAGAGAUUGUCGCCAGUGUGUUGGACGAAGCAGAUGUUGACGGAGACGGAAAAUUGUCGUUUGUGGACUUUGAGCAUGUUGUGGUGCGCGCACCUGAUUUUCUGUCCACCUUCCAUAUUAGAGUAUAAUUUUAUUUUUUAGGUUUUGUUGAUCUUGUUACUUUUUAAUUUUUGUGUUUUUUAUAUUAGACUCAUAUAGAUACUUUAUAUUAAAGUGUUUUUUGCGACACCAGUAAAGAAAAUCAAACAAAUGAAAGAAAUCUCUGUAC